UGUUAUAAUCUUAUCAUCUGCAGUGAUUAUGUUAUGUUGUUGCUCGGUUUCAGCGUUUCAGUAAAAACAACUGAGACUGCUUGACGUUGUUUCAACAAUUGUGCACAAAAACGGCACAAUCUGUCUGCGUUAUCAGCAAUGGACGGUGUACCCGAGGAAGCCCCAGAGCCCUUGCAGCUUGAGCCAUGUGACAUCUGCGGCCGUAACUUCGCUGAUUAUGUUCUGCCAAAACACAUCAAGAUUUGUGAGAAGAAUGCAGCUAAAAAACGCAAAGUUUUCAACUCUGCCAAGCAACGUUCAGAGGGGACAGAUAUAAGCGGUGCACCAAAAGCAGACCCGAGGAAACUUGAAAAAGCGAAAAGAGCCACUGCAAAUUGGCGCUCCAAGCAUGAGGACUUAGUAACGACAUUAAAAGCUGCAAGGGGUGUUACGAGGGCCAUGAGAACAGGUGCACCUCUGCCACCGCCCCCAUCCCAAACUAAGGUCAACCCAGAUUAUGUGCAAUGUCCAUCCUGCCAGAGGAACUUCAGUGAUGGUGCAGCUGAGCGACAUAUACCUUGGUGUAAAGAAAAAAAUAAAAGGAUCAACGUUAAUAAGAAUGCUUCUACCAAGGAGAGAGUAGCUGUCAGAACUCAGUACAAGCCGCCAUUACCAGGAGCUAAGAAAAGACAAAUAGCUCCUCCUAAGGCUGGUCCAGCAUUAAGAACAGGGAGGGCAGGUUCAGGGUCAUCUACUGGACAACUGGAGAGCCAGUACAGUAAUAUGAGCAUUAAGGAGAAAGCUGGUCGAGGCAGAGGGACAGGAGGACGCCCAGUACAGAAUGGACAAAAAGCCAGGAGUGCGAGCCUUGAGAGACGCAAUGAGAAACAAACUGACAGUUACCGCAGUGCAAGUGGUGACAGUACUCGAGGCAAGAGUAGAUACACUGAUGAUGAGGAUGAUUACGAUGGCUACGGUGACCCAGAGAUUGAUCGUUAUGGAAGGAGGAAACCAGGCCCCAACAACUUUUUACCCCAUCAACGAGUAAGAGCAGCAAAAGAACAGAGUUCCCCAAACUCAAGAACACCCACGCCGCCAUCGAGGAACACUCACUCUGGAGGAGGCCUCAACAGAAAGCCUAGCCUGGAGAACAUCAUCGGUCGACGAGCCUCCAAGUUCUGUCAUGAAUGCGGCACACAGUACCCGGUAGUCAAGGCUAAGUAUUGCUGCGAGUGUGGAACAAAGCGAACAUACCAAGAUUGAAAGGAUAGUAUUUAGGUUGGGAUAUUUUGUAUAUUUUCCUUUUUAAUAGAUGGUAUUUCUGGUGAUAAUCAGAGAGUCUGUAAACCUCCUGAUUUGUUUAAGGGCCAUGUCACACAAGGCAAUUUACGGGCAAGCAGUUCCAAGAA